AUGACUGUUCCGUACCAGUGCAUUGUAGCGCGAAGCUCCGAGUCUUCAGAUGACUGGACUGUGUUUGCUGCGAGCGGCUCCAAGAUUGUAGUUCAAUCCAGCCGCGGGUCAGUGACGACAUGGCCACAGCAAGACGCCCAAAUCGAAGAUCAGCAUGAGGGCGACUCCGAAGAGCGACCAGGAAAACGCAUCAAAUUGGAACAACCGAAAGAGCAAAAGUCGAAUUUUGCCAGUCUCAUCCUCUCAAAUGAUGGACAAUACUUGGUUGGCAUCACUGGCGAAGAUAAAUGUGUUCGCGUCUUCCAGAUCGAUGCUCAGAGCCAGCUGCACCAGUUGAACAAGUUUGGCGAUGUUUAUGCAUUACCACUUCUUCCCUCGCCUGAUGACGACAAGGUAGAAGAGCUGCCCGAGGCACCAGCAACUGAAGAGGCCGAUGAGAAAGAAUGGAUCCCUUCCGCUACUACGCUCACUGUUCACUCUGGCAGGAAUCGAAAGACUCUUGAGGAGCAGCUGAAACGGAAAGCGAAAGGCCCGGCGAAGCCCAAGGAGACUAUGCGAUUCAAGCACGAGCUGCUCCUAGGCCACGUUUCUAUGCUCACAGAUGUCGUCUACGCGAAGGCAGACAGGCGGGGCUAUAUCAUGACAGCGGACCGGGACGAGCACAUAAGGAUAUCAAGAGGCCCACCGCAAGCGCAUAUUAUUGAGGGAUUCUGCUUCGGCCACGAAGCGUUUGUGAGCAGGCUUUGCCUCACACAAUCUGGCCUGCUUGUGUCUGGCGGUGGCGACGAUCACUUAUUUGUAUGGGAUUGGCAGAACUACCUCUUGAAGGAAAAGCUGGCCAUCCGUGAUCUUGCCUUCACUCAUCUCCAGGAGCGUGGCAUGAUUCCAGCAGGAGUAAAUGUGGCAACGUACAAGGUCGCGGUUUCUGGAAUAUGGAAUUUACCAAGCAAGGACGGUGCCGAGACAGUUGUUGUGGCAUGCGAGGGAGUACCAGCGCUGUUCAGCUUCAGAUUAGGUGCAUCUGUACCAGGCUAUGCCAUUCCACUGAACGGCAACGCGCUGGACCUUGCCAUCAUCCGCACGUCUACUGGUCCUUUGAAGUUGGCUGUGUCGAUAGACAACAUCCAGAAGCCAGGCUCAACCACCGAAGUUCGGGAAGACGUGGCACCAAGACUGCAAUACUUCGCAAGACAACAAGACGGUACAUGGCACGCAGAUGCAGAGCUCGCAGAGACGUUGAAGAGUUUCGACCAAGGUGGUGACGACCGACUUGCAGAUGACAAAGCAGUCCGGGAUAUGCUCUACAAUGUGGAGAACCUCAGGAAGCGUCCAGGCGCGGAGGAUUAG